AUGAAGCCAACGCUCGUUCUCAGCCUUCUGGCGCUUGUCGCAACGGUCGUUCAGAGCUCGCUCCUCUUUGUCGGCAGCCAGACGUCGCCGACGUCAUCGGUCGGUCUCUCGGUGUUUGCCAACGAAAACGGUCGUCUUCGGAAGCUCCUGCAUGAGACGACGACGACCACGGGCGAGAUGCCCACAUAUAUGGCAGUCUCGCACGACAGCCAGUUCCUGUACCUGACCAACGAGAUCGACGCCGGCUCCGUCACGUCGUUUCGCAUUGCGCGCGCGGGCGACAGUGUCGAGCUCAAGGCCCUCGGGACGGCACCCACCAAGUCCAAGGGACCCGUGCACGUCACUGUGACCAAAUCAGGUCGUUUUCUUCUUGUCGCCAGCUACUCGGUCGGCAGCAUCACGGUGCUUGGCGUCGAUGGCAACGGCUUUGCUAACUCUGUCGUUGACCAAGUGACCUUCGAAGGCGGUGCCCACGUCGUGCCGGGUCGUCAAGACGGACCGCACGCACAUUGUGUGGCCCUGAGUCCCGACAACAAGUUUGCCUUCGUCACGGACCUCGGCAACGACAAGAUCAUGCAGUUCAAGUUUGAUGCCGCGAGCGGCAAGCUCACGCCCAACGCGCCGGCGUUCGUGGCUCUCGGGCGUGGCGCGCUGCCACGUCAUUUGGCGUUUCACCCGAACGGACGCGAUCUUUACCUCAACACCGAGCAGUCGAACGAGCUCAUUCAAUUCCAGUUCAACGCAACGUCCGGCACCUUGCGGCAGAAGAAGUCGGUCAAGACGACGACGAAAGCGAGUGGUGUCUUUACUGGCGCGCUGCAUGUGGCGCCGAGCGGGAAGCACGUGCUCGUGUCCAACCGGUGGGGCAACGACGACAGUCUCGUCGUCUUCAGCGCCGACCUGACCAAGCGCAUCGGGUCGUACCCGACCCAAGCUUCGGGCGCGCCCCGGGACUUUACGAUUGCCAAUGGCACGGUGUUUGUCGGGAAUGAAAACACCAACAGCAUCGACAGCUUUACACUGCACGCAAACGGUCAGCUGACGCACCACCAAGGACAAGCAACCGCCCUCUUCAAGCCGCAGGUGCUAUUGCCGUACUAAUAUUGUCCACAAGUCUGUAUGUGCUUCUACCGGUA